CGUAUCCUCGUUUCGUUGAACAAGGCGCCCAAGGCCAAUGGCUCUUUUUAGGAUAAGAAGACGCCCGAAUGAGUCAUAUACCUCUGUAAUCACUUGAUUGUGUUCAUUGCAGACAAUUAAACAACACAAAAAUAAACGGAAGAGGAUAGAUGGAUAGAUGGAUGGAUGGAAUUAAAAUAAACAAAUAGUUUAACAGUUCGCGGUCUGGGGUUUAACCAGCCUGAGUUUAAAUAAUGUGAUUAUUGACGCUGAUGUCCAAACCAGUCCGUCUUAUAGUCGUUCACACUGCUUGUGGUCGGUGCUGCCGUCAGCUGACGUGGUUAACAUCAAGCGAACCCCUGGCCGUUAUUUUUGCCAGGCUAUAGGAACGGUGAGUGCGUCUAAUUUCACGUGUCCGCACGUCCCGUCGGCCCGGGCGGGGAAGUGAAAGGCUCCAAGCAGCAAUGGGAGAAGUUUGUGAGCAGAGGAAGUCGUGGCUUGGUGUUAUUUGGCAAAUCUGCAAUGUUUUCAUGUGUUUGUUCUUCGCUCUGGCGUCAUACGUUCAGAUCAAUGACCCUGACGCAGGCUUAUGGAUGGUGGGGUACGGCGUCCCUGCGGUCCUGUGUGCGCUUAUUGGCGUAAAGCCUCACCUGACAGAGACUUUGCCCUGGAGACGUGUUGCAGACUUCCAUGUGAUGAUUUCCAGCGCUGUUGGUGCCACGUUGGGCUGGGCAUUGUAUAAAGAGCGAAUCACACAGAUCUUCCAACAGGAGGAGGGCAGAGAAUUUUCCGGGCUCAUUUUGACGGCAGUUUGGCUUCUCCUGUGUCGCCACUCUGGAAGAGCUCCUGUCGGGAUGCUCCGAGUCUCCACAGCUGUUGUCAUCACAGUCUUCCCAUUUGUGGCCUGGCUUUAUUACCACAUCAAUAAGGAGCUGAGAUCAGACUGGCCUUCACACUGCACAACUGCCAUUUAGACAUCGGCCUGUGUUGUCUGAUGGAAUAUCUAUAACAGCUCAGGUGCACUUUAAUUUUGUUUUAGUUAAACACUUUUUGUAAAAUAAAAAAUAAAGUUUAUUGAAUGUGCCAGAUUAAA